AUGGCGAUCGACGACGGCGACCGGAGCUACCCGGCGUUCGCGGGGGACGACGGCGCCGAGAGCGCGAAAUCCAUCCUGGACCUGCCCGCGGACGUCCUGGCGCUCGUGCUCCGCCGCCUGGACGGCGCGUCGCUGGCCGCGCUCGGCUCCGCGUGCGCCGCCUUCCGCGACCUCGCCGCCGACCCGGCCGCCUGGCGCGCGCACUGCCUCGCGCACUGGCCCUCGCUCCGCGACGCCGACACCGGCCACCACCACCACCACCAUCAGCGCCUCUUCGCCGACGCGUUCCCGUUCCCCGCCGUGCCGGGCUUCACGUUGCCGUCGCCGGCGCCCAUCGUCCCCGCCGAGCUCGAGCUCAGCUGGGUCCUCAUCGACCCGGACUCCGGUCGCGCCGUCAACGCCUCCAGCCGCCGCCCCGUGUCCGUGGACCGGCGGUGGCUCACGGGGGAGACCGUGGUGCGGUUCGCGCUCGUCCUCGGCGGCGUCGUGCUGGACGCCGCCGUCACGUGCGACGAGCGGUACGGCCACGUCAGUGCCCGGGAUGGGCUGGCCGUGGUGGCCGCGGCCAUGGCGGGCGCCAGGCGGGGACGUGGCGCUGAAGAUGAGGCCAAGGCGCGGUAUGAAGAGUUCGUGAAAGGGAGGGCGCACAGGAAGGAGCGGAAGGCCAGGUGGGAGGGCAUCAUCGACCUCUGCUGCUCCGGCGUUGGAGCGGCGGCGCUCCUGGGGUUCCUCGUCAUGCUCACAUUCCGGUGA